CCCGCAUUCCGCAGACGCUACUCUGGUGUUCGGAGAGUAUAACGCAUGGUUGACGGUUGACAGUUGUAAGCACGUGGGAUUCGGUAGUUUUUCGUGAAAACUGAAAAUGGGCGCGCAAAACCAAAAUUCAAACGACAGCCAAGUUUCAAAAGAAAAUGGUGCGAUCAAGUUGAAAAAGGAGCUUGGUUUAAUUGAUGGAAUCGCUAUAAUUGUCGGGGUUAUAAUCGGGGCAGGAAUUUUCGUGUCCCCCAAAGGAGUUUUGAGAUAUUCCGGAAGUGUUGGACAGAGUAUUUUAGUAUGGAUCAUGUCAGGUGUCUUGUCUAUGAUAGGAGCGUUAUGUUAUGCUGAAUUGGGAACCAUGAUACCAAAAUCUGGUGGAGAUUAUGCCUACAUAGGUGAAGCUUUUGGUCCACUGCCUGCUUUCCUGUACAUGUGGGUGGCUCUGUUCAUCCUUGUACCUACUGGAAAUGCCAUUACUGCCAUCACGUUCGCUCAGUAUAUUUUCCAACCCUUUUGGGGUACAUGUGAAGCACCAUUCCUCGCAGUCAGACUUAUCGCAGCCGUAACCAUUUGUCUUUUGACUGUUAUCAAUUGCUAUAAUGUUAAAUUGGUUGCCAGGGUUCAAGAAAUAUUCACUUGUACGAAAAUAUUUGCCCUGUGCAUCAUUGUGGGUGCUGGUAUUUAUCACUUGUGUAAAGGGCAUACGGAAUAUUUACAAUCGCCCAUGGCUGAUACUAAGUGGGAACCAGGAGAUAUUGCCCUCGCAUUCUAUUCUGGACUGUUCUCUUAUUCUGGAUGGAAUUAUUUGAACUAUGUUACCGAAGAGCUGAAAGAUCCUUAUAAGAACCUUCCAAGAGCUAUUAUAAUUUCGAUGCCAGUAGUGACCACAAUUUAUGUGGUAACAAAUAUAGCUUAUUUUGUCGUUUUGAGUCGUGAAGAAAUUCUUUCAUCAGAUGCAGUUGCAGUUACAUUUGGAGACAAGAUGCUGGGCAUAUUCUCCUUCUGUGUGCCUAUCUUUGUGGCGAUGUCAACUUUUGGUUCUCUGAAUGGUGCAAUAUUUGCCUCUGCAAGGUUAUUUUUUGUUGGCGCUAGGAAUGGUCAUCUACCUAGAGCUAUUGCGCUAAUAGAUGUUAAAAGGUUGACACCCGUGCCUUCCUUGGUCUUCAUGUGCCUCAUCACUUUGAUCUUAAUCACGAUUCCUGAUGUGUAUGUUCUGAUUAACUUUGUGUCGUUUGUAGAAGCCCUAUUCAUAACGAUAAGUAUUGUUGGUCUUCUGUAUAUGAGACGAUCUAAACCAGAUUUGAAGAGGCCAAUUAAAGUUAAUUUGAUAUUACCCUGUCUCUUCUUCGUGAUAUGUGCCUUCUUGGUAACUCUUCCCUGUUACAAAGAACAUAUGGUUGUGGGUAUAGCUAUUGCUUUCAUCCUAUGUGGAAUUCCAGUCUAUAUAGUGACUGUUUGGUGGAAAGGCCAACCAAACUGGCUGAAGAUGGCCUUUAAAAAAUUUAACGAUGGAUGCGCCAAAUUGUUUAUGUGCGUUCCUGAAGAGGAUUACAAGGACCAAUGAAAUGGCUGACAAGCUUAUUGGUGCAUAUCAGGAUACAAUGAGUGUUCUGACACUAUUUUUCUAAGAAAUUAUUUAUUUCAUACUACGACUCUGAAAUGUAUAUUUCGUCAAUAUAUGACGAUGAAAUUCGAAAUGUGCCUUAGGUAAUCAAUGAUCAACAUAAUAAUUUAAGUAGAAUUUGAUUAGGUUCAUUAUAAAUGUAUUAUUUUCGAUCGCUUUAAGGUCAUGUUAUUCCUAUUGCCACAGUAUUUUUGUUUUAUUAUUUCGUAGUAACUUAUAGUAGCAUAUUUAUUUUUUAUUUAUGUUUUGAUCUAUUGAUUUUUUUUUGUUCAUAACAACAUCACAUUUAUGUCAAUUAAUCUCUAUUCACAAAAAUCAGCAUUUAUCUAGAGUUAUAUUCACUCUUCAAAAUGUUAAUAUUCAGUUCUUCCUGUUUAUGUGGAAGAUUCUUAUUUUUCAAUUACGGUUUGAGCAGAGCUGGCUGUGAAAAUAUUUUGAAAUAAUUUCCGCUGUUAUUCAUUUCGUCGAUGAAAAAGGCGAAGGAAUGCUAUGAACAUUUUGAGAAAUACUCAAGUUCAUUGGAUAUAAGUUUUUUAUCAUGUACAAUAUCGAUUAUGUUUGGUUUGUAAUUUUUGAAUAAUAUACAAUGGUUUAAUAGAUCUUUUUUGGCAGU